GGCAUUAGAGAAUUCAGUCAGAUUCGGACCGAUCGAAUCGUUCAUACAUCGUCGCGGAUCGCCGGUUGCGACGCCGGCCGGACGAACUUCCGAGAGCGCUUUCAAUCGGUGGCGGAGUAGCGGCGCGGCGCAGGGCAGGGCAGGGCAGGCGGAGCUCGAAUCGAGGCGCUAUGGGGAUGGAAAACGGGGACGGCGCGGCGGCCCGCGAGCCGGGGUCGGCGGGCCGGAAGCCGUCGAGGGGGAGCGGCUCGCCGAGGCUGUUUAUCAAGGAGAUGGUGAUGAGGAACUUCAAGUCCUACGCCGGCGAGCAGCGCGUCGGCCCCUUUCACAAGAGCUUUUCGGCCGUGGUCGGACCGAACGGGAGCGGGAAGAGCAACGUCAUAGAUGCCAUGCUUUUUGUGUUCGGGAAGAGAGCAAAGCAGAUGAGGCUCAACAAGGUUUCGGAGCUUAUCCACAACUCAACGAAUCACCAGAAUCUUGACAGUGCCGGCGUUUCCGUUCACUUUCAGGAAAUUGUGGAUUCGGACGAUGGUGGAUAUGAAGUUCUUCCAGGAAGUGAUUUCGAAAUAAGCCGGGUUGCAUUUCGAGACAACUCCUCCAAGUAUUACAUUAAUAACCGCUCGAGCAACUUCACCGAGGUCACUAAAUUGUUGAGAGGGAAAGGAGUGGACUUGGACAACAACCGUUUCUUGAUUCUUCAGGGUGAAGUCGAGCAGAUUUCCUUAAUGAAGCCGAAGGCCCAGGGACCCCAUGAUGAAGGUUUCCUCGAGUAUCUCGAAGACAUUAUUGGAACCGACAAAUACAUUGAGAAGAUAGAUGAAUCAUCCAAAGAGCUGGAGUCCCUGAACGAGAAGAGAUCUGGGGUAGUGCAAAUGGUGAAGCUGGCUGAGAAAGAAAGAGAUAGCCUGGAGGACGUGAAGAACGAAGCAGAAUCUUACAUGUUGAGGGAAUUGUCUCUGAUGAAAUGGCAAGAGAAAGCCACAAAAUUGGCUCAUGAAGAUAGCAAUGCCCAAAUGAUUGAAAUGCAAGCAAACGUCUCCAGCCUAGAAGAAAAUUUGAAUGCACAAAGGGAGAAAAUUGGAGAAAGUAACAAGACACUGAAGGAGCUCGAGGCUGUGCACCAGAAGUAUUUGAACAGACAAGAGGAGUUGGAUAAUAUUCUACGAGUCUGUAAGGAUGAGUUCAAGGAGUUUGAAAAUCAAGAUGUCAAAUAUCGGGAAGAUUUGAAGCACAAGAAGCAAAAGGUCAAGAAAGUUGAGGACAAACUUGAAAAGGAUAUGAAGAAAAUUGAAGGAUUAAAAAAGACGUGUGAGGAUUCAGCAAAGACAAUUCCAGAACUCGAGGACAAUAUUCCAAGACUGGAAAAGCUGUUAUCUGAUGAAGCAGCAGUUCUGGAAAAAGUAAAAGUGGACUCCGAAGUGGAAUCUGAGAAAUUUCGUUCUGAGCUAGCAAAAGUUCGCGCUGAAUUAAAACCCUGGGAAGACCAACUGAUCGAACAUCAGGGAAAACUUGAUGUCGCAUGUUCUGAUCGCAAGAUUCUUGAUGACAAGCAUGAAGCUGCUCGUUCUGCUUUUGAGGGUGCUCAAAAGCAGAUGGAUGACAUCAAGGGAAAGAUCGAAAGAAGUACUGAAAACAUUGUUAAUAUAAAAGAAGAUAUCCAGAAGAAAAGGAUGGAACUCUCAGAAGCUCGAAGAUUGGAGCAAGAAUGCAUUAGAGAAGAAGAAACACUGAUCCCUCUUGAGCAAGCUGCUAGAGAAAAGGUUGCUCAACUUAAGUCUGUUAUGGAUUCUGAGAAGAGUGAAGGAUCAGUUUUGAAGGCGAUUUUGCAUGCCAAGCGGUCGAAUCAGAUAGAGGGAAUAUAUGGGCGAAUGGGUGACUUAGGUGCUAUUGACGCAAAGUAUGAUAUUGCUAUAUCAACGGCUUGUCCGGGACUUGACUAUAUAGUGGUGGAAACAACAAGUGCAGCACAAGCAUGUGUUCAGUUACUACGGAAAGAGAAACUAGGUGUUGCAACUUUCAUGAUAUUGGAGAAACAAGUUGGUCUUCUUCAUAAAUUGAAGGAGAAGGUAAGCACUCCAGAAGGAGUUCCACGUCUAUUUGACCUAAUCAAAGUCCAAGAUGAGAGAAUGAAGCUUGCUUUUUACGCAGCAAUUGGGAAUACUAUUGUAGCAGAGAAUCUUGAUCAGGCAACACGAAUUGCCUACAGUGGAAAUAGAGAAUUUAGGCGUGUUGUAACACUAGAUGGAGCACUUUUUGAAAAAUCUGGGACCAUGAGUGGAGGGGGAAGUAAACCCCGUGGUGGUAAGAUGGGUACAUGCAUUCGAAGCAUCAGCGUAUCUGCGGAAGAUGUUCGAAAUGCAGAGAAUGAGCUUUCUACCUUGUCUGAUAAAUUAAGUAAUCUGCGACAACAAAAAGCUGAUGCAGUGAGGCGUCACCAGUCCUCUGAAAAAGCAUUUGCAAAUCUGGAGAAGGAGUUGGCUAAGUGCCAGACGGAGAUAAAUGGUUUGCAUAACCAGCUUAGCGACCUUGAAAAACAACUUGGUUCUUUGAAGGCAGCAUCAAAACCAGGGAAGGACGAGCUUGAUAGGCUUGAGGAGCUCAAGAAAAUUAUUCAUGAUGAAGAAAAGGAGAUUGGUAGGAUCAUGUCAGGAUCCAAAAAAUUGAAGGAGAUGGCGUCGGAGCUGCAGAAGAGAAUAGAUGCUGAGGGGGAAAAGAUGAAAGCACAGAAUUCCAGGGUCUCUAAGAUUCAAUCUGAUAUUGAUCAGCACAAGACAGAGAUCAAUCGCCACAAAAACCAGAUAGAGUCUGGCCAGGAAAAGAUGAAGGAAUUAACAAAAGGGCUUGAGGAGGCAAAAAAGGAGAAAGAGAGACUUGUUGAGGAGAAGGAGAAAUUGCGGUCUGCUUUCCGAGAAAUAGAACAGAAAGCAUUUAAAGUUCAAGAAAAUUACAAACACACGCAGCAGCUUAUAGAUCAGCAUAGAGAAGUCUUGGAGAAAGCAAAAUCUGAAUAUGAGAAAGUGAAAAGGUCUGUGGAUGAAUUGCGGGCAUCAGAGGUUGAUUCUGCCUAUAACCUACAAGACAUGAAGAAGACAUACAAGGAAUUGGAGUUGAAGGCAAAAAGUUACCAGAAAAGACUUGACGACCUGCAAGUUGCACUGUCAAAACAUAUGGAACAGAUUCACAAAGAUUCAGUAGAUCCUGCAAAGCUUCAAGCUACAUUGACUGAUAAGGCUCUGACUGACACUUGUGACUUGAGGAGGGCACUUGAGAUGGUAGCACUACUAGAAGCACAACUCAAGGAAAUGAGUCCUAAUCUUGAUUCAAUCUCAGAAUACAGGAACAAAGUUGCAUUAUAUAUUGAACGAGUUGAUGAUCUCAAUCAUAUCAGUCAACAACGAGAUGACAUAAAGAAACAGUAUGAUGAAUGGAGAAAGAAGAGGCUGGAUGAGUUCAUGGCAGGAUUCAAUACAAUAUCUCUGAAAUUAAAAGAGAUGUAUCAGAUGAUCACACUAGGAGGUGAUGCAGAACUUGAAUUGGUCGACUCUUUGGAUCCCUUCUCUGAAGGUGUGGUCUUCAGUGUCAGGCCACCAAAGAAAAGCUGGAAGAAUAUCGCUAACUUAUCUGGCGGGGAAAAGACUCUCAGCUCAUUAGCUCUUGUCUUUGCCCUUCAUCACUACAAACCUACUCCGCUUUAUGUGAUGGACGAAAUUGAUGCAGCUCUAGACUUCAAAAAUGUUUCUAUUGUGGGACACUAUGUGAAAGACCGGACAAAGGAUGCCCAAUUCAUUAUUAUAAGCCUCAGAAACAACAUGUUUGAGCUUGCAGAUCGACUUGUAGGAAUAUACAAAACUGACAACUGCACUAAGAGCAUUACAAUCAAUCCUGGGAGUUUUGUGGUGUGUGAAGAUGAUGAUGCCUGAUUCAUCACUAAAGAUAUUUUGAGCAAGCAUGAUGUUCUCUUUCAUGACUGCUUUUUUCGUUUAAGUUCUUGCUAACUUGUGUAGCUUGCCAUCCUCAGUGGCCUAUAAUUUAAUGAAUUUGCUUGCUGCUUAUGUAUAUUACAAGAAGGGUUGCUCAUAAUAUAAGCACUGAGGUUUUGACUCUC